AUGGCGUUGGAUCUCAGUCGCCUUGGCAACAGAAGCUUUAUCAGCCAGGCUGGCAUAGCUGAGGUGCUGCAGGCAGUUGCUGAAACCGGCAAGGUUCCAACUGCAGCGUCCAAGAGCACGGUCAAGCGUCGGCGAGACGCUGCCGUGGACCUGGAAACACCAUAUGGCAAGCUGCUCUGUCAUUUUGAUCUCCCUUUGGAGGAUGGCCAGGUGGGCGGCGAGCCCCAAUUUUGCUGUUUUGAACUGUGCGGCGUCUUGGCAGAUGAGUCGGCGCUGAAGCAGGCCUUUGAGUGCAAGGGGGCAUCGGGGCGUAUGCUCUGUAUGAUGUGCCAGACCACUUGCCACAAACGGCUGGCUCCAUCUCCCUUGCCUCCAAGGUAUGUGCUGCAUACGGAACACAACAGUGACAAUUUCACGCUGUCGACCGACCAGAGCGUCUGGGCUAUCGUUGACCACUUGCAGCAUCAAGCAGCUUUGCCCGGACUCAGCAAGAAGAAAUUCGCCGAUGAAGAGGUGCGGCUAGGAUGGAAUUAUUGCCCAGAUGGGGCGAGGCAUGUCACGGUGACCAACACGUGCUUCCGAAGCACCACCUGGCAAUGCAUUUGGCUAUGCAGCUUCAACGACAUGGAGCGCUUUGGACAUGUUUUGUCCACGAAAGACGCCACAAGAUUUUGA